GGCUGUUGCUACAAUAAGUUAUGCUUAACAGGACAGUUAAGGCACAUGUUUCUUUUUCAGCAAAUAACUAAAACUGUAUUUUGAAUAAAAUGUUUUUGUUCUCUCCCACCCUACAUGUGUAGAUAUGGCUGCUGCAAACUACCUGCAAUCUGAAGAUCAGUUUCUGUGCUCCAUCUGUCUGGAUGUGUUCACUGAUCCUGUGACUACAUCAUGUGGACACAACUUCUGCAAAAACUGCAUCACUGAACACUGGAAUACCAAUGACCAGUAUCUGUGUCCAAUGUGUAAGGAGGGUUUUACCACCAGACCUGAUUUGAGAGUCAACACUUUCAUCUCUGAGAUGGUUGCUCAGUUCAGACAGUCAGCUCAACAGAAAGCCAGCAGCAGCAGCUCAGAGCAACAAGUGUCCAAACCAGGAGAAGUUCCCUGUGACGUCUGCACUGGAACCAAACUGAAGGCCCUGAAGUCCUGCCUGGUGUGUCUGGUCUCCUACUGUGAGACUCACCUGGAGCAUCAUCUGACAAUGUCAGGGCUGAAAAGACAUCAGCUGAUCGACCCUGUGGAGAACCUGGAAGGCAGGAUGUGUACGAAGCACGAUAAACCUCUGGAGCUGUUCUGUAAGACCGACCAGACAUGUGUCUGCAUGCUCUGCACUGUUUUAGAUCACAAGACGCAUGAUGUUGUUCCUCUGAAAGAAGGAUAUGAAGGAAAGAAGGCAGAGCUGGGGAAGACAGAGGCUGAAAUUCAGCAGAUGAUCCAGAAGAGACGACUGAAGAUUCAGAAGGUCAAAGACUUAGCCGACCUCAGUGAGGAAUGUGCAGACAUAGCGCUAGCAGAAGGUGUUCAGGUCUUCACUUCUCUGAAGGAGUCUGUUGAGAGAGGUCAGGCCAAUCUCAUCAAAGCAGUAGAAGAGAAGCAGAAAAUAACAAAAAGAAAGGCUGAAGCUUUCGUCAAAGAGCUGGAAGAAGAAAUCUCUGAGCUGAAAAAGAGAAGAACAGAGGUGGAGCAGCUCUCACGCUCUGAAGACCACCUCCAUCUUCUCCAGAGUGUCCAGUCCCUAAACACCAACCACCAACCACCCACCAAGUCUUGGACAGAAGUCAGCUUUUUGUCAGAGUCAUAUGAAGGGAUUGCGGCGAGAGCUGUGGCAAAACUCGAGGAGACCCUUGGUGAAGAGACUACCAAGCUGCUCCAAACAGAGCUGUGGAGGGUCCAGCUUUGUGCAGUGGAUGUGACUCUUGAUCCUGAUACAGCACAUCCCUAUCUCUUCCUGUCUGAUGAUGGGAAACAAGUGAGUAAUAGUGAUCUAAAGAAGAAUGUUCCAGACAACCCAGAGAGAUUUGCUGAUUCUAAUUGUGUUUUAGGAAAGCAGAGUUUCUCUUCAGGCAGCUUUUACUUUGAGGUUCAAGUUAAAGGAAAGACUGAAUGGGAUUUAGGAGUGGCCAGAGAGUCGAUCAACAGGAAGGGAGACAUCACACUGAGUCCUGAGGGUGGUUACUGGACGAUAUGGUUGAGAAAUGGAAAUGAGUACGAAGCUCUUGAAGACCCUUCAGUCCCUCUCUUUCGGAAGUCUCGGCCUCAGAAGGUGGGGGUGUUUGUGGAUUAUGAGGAGGGUCUGGUCUCCUUUUAUGACGUAGAUACUGUAGCUCUUAUCUACUCCUUUACUGGCUGCUCCUUCACUGAGAAACUCUUCCCAUACUUCAGUCCUGGUACUGAUUAUGAAUCAAUGAACAACUCUGCACCUCUGAUCAUCUCACCUGUCAAUAUGUACGAUUGUGGCUAUUAAGAUCUUAUUUCAUGUAUUGACUUAUUUUCAUUCAAGGAAAACAAAUGUACAUAUUGUCAAGAAACACAACUGAUACCGAUAAAAUUUCUACAAGUAAUGCAGCACAAUGUGAAUCUUUGCAUCCUAUGUGAAUGUGCCAUUAGGCCUUUUACAUGUCUGUAGUCAUUUAUAAUACUGGGUAUAAAAAGUUAAUGGACAAAGUUCAUCAGUAGCUGUGUUUGAAAACGUUCCCUAUCUCAGAAAUAGUGCACUAUGUAGUGUGUUCGCCAUUUUGUAGUGGUGUUCAAAUUCACUGCGGUUAAUUUCAUUCACUAUAUAGUCCACUAUCAAAUACCCACAAUGCACUGCUAA